AUGCCGCCGUCGCGCCACGCGCGACACGCCGCUGCGGUGCAAGAGCCUCGCAGGCCCGCGAAGCAGCAGCAGCAGCAGCAGCAGCACUCGCCCUCCCCGGAUCACGCCGUGGGGGAUGGUAGUUCUGUAAGCGCAUGGACUUCAACCGGCGUAACUGCCUGUGCUGCGCCGCGACUGCGCAAGGGGAAGGGCCCACUGAGGUCCGUGGCAAGCCCCUCUAUCGGGGCAUCGAAUCCGCGACAAGAUGCGAGUGCGGCGACGACGUGGCGGGCGCAGCUACUUCAUCUCGCUACGCAGGAGGCGUACACUGCCGCGGCGCUGUUGCGCCUGCUGCGCUCGCCAGCGCCCGCCGACGCCAGGGAUGGUGUACAGCCGAACCAGCUGCUCUUGGACACCGCUGCGCCGCCACCUGUGCCUUCUGGUGCAGGGGCUGCAGGUGGGGCCAGGGUGCAGACGGCACACACGGCCAGGCGGAGCGCACACGAUGCGUCGCCGCCGACCGCCGCCGCUGCCACCACCGAGGCUGCUUCCCCGUCUACCCACACUGUCGAAUGGACGUCGUACGGAGAGCUCUGGGAAGGCCUGCUGGCCCGUCUCCCACUAGUGAAUGGAGCCAACGACGCCGCGAAGCCCACGCCGGCCACGGGCGGCAACAGCGACGACCAGGGUAGCACCGGUGGUGGCAAGCGGUUCGGCGGAAAGCCGGCGGGUCACCGGAGCGACAAGAAGGCAGCGGUGGCCGCUGCUCUCGCUGACGGGGGUGCGAAAGCGGGCGCCAUGAGCUCGCCCACCACCGAUGUCUCCCCGAUGCUCUGCACACUCAGCAACGAUUGGCGAUCUUUCUUUCUGCACCGGCGCCUGAGCGGCUCUGCGAUGGCUGGAGGUCGCACACGUACUGCUGUGCCUGCGCAGGGGCACCAGGCAGCAGCGCGGCCGCAGCGGCGUCGGCUGGACAACCUUAGAUGCUCACCCUACAUGACGCACGCGGAGCAACGAGCGAUACGCCGGUACACCGCCGCGGCGAUCGCCGCUGUGCCGAGUGGUGCGCAACGCGGUCUCAGCACCGUCUGCGUGCUGGACUUCCUGUGA